AUGGCUUGCAAUGAAAUUGGGGAUUUGAACUCAUUUUUGAGUUCCAUCAAUGGAGGUCUACAAUGUUCUAGUAAAGCUUUAUUUGAUGGCAGAACAGCAACUCUAAAAUUCACAACCCCAGCAAUAUCAGGUGUUGAGAAUGUUGUUAGGGAUGUGUUUGGGAGUUUGAAGGAGGGGAAGAGGAAGAUUUUUCCUACUUCUGGGAGGAGUUCCAAAGAGCGUUUGAAUGGUAAGGGUUGUUUUAGGGCUUGGGUUUUGCUUGUAAUGAUGGUGAAAGCAAACAAUGUUGAAAGUGAUAGCAGUGCUGAUGAAAAUGAUGGAAAACCAGAGGUUCUUGAUGAUGGAAGUCAUGAUGUAAAGUUAAAGGAUGGUGAAGGAAGUUCUGGUUCUGGGUCUGGAGUUCAUACUGGAAUCCAUCAGCUUGUAGGACCCAAGUCGGGCAGUCAUGAGGAUAUUGAAUCUGAAGCUGAGGUUCAUGUUAAAAGUAACGGGGCAGUUGUAACUAAAUCUGAAAGUGACAUUCAAAUAGUUGAUGAAAGUGCAACCGUUUUGAAUCUGGAAACUGGGGGUUGUUCUGUUGAAGAAGCAGCAGUUGCAAGCAAAAACAACUCUAAUCUGGGGACGCCAUUGGAUUUGGAUGAUUAUAACCUUGCUUCAGAGAUACAGGUUCUUGGUUUGGAGAGGUUAAAAGCAGAAUUACAAGCACAUGAAUUGAAAUGUGGGGGGAUGUUACAAGAGCAUGCUUCUAGGCUUUUCCUUCUCCAAACCACACCUGUAAGUAAACUUCCAAAGAAGCUCUUGCAAAAAAUUAUUCCUUUGUAA